AGGUGGCAAAGUCUAAAGGAAGGGUCGCACUCACAACAAAUAUGGUCAUAGGUGGCACUGUUACAGAUGAUUCAAGUGAUGAAUGGCUUGUUCUGGAUCAGAAGGUGAAUACAUAUCCCACAGACAGAGGAUUUACAGCAAUUGGUACUGGAGGUGAAGAUUUUGUCCAUUCUAUGGUUGAUGCUGUUGAAUCGGUUCUUCAAGAAUCGAUUCCAAAGGGCCAAGUAAGUCAGAAAAUAUCUUCUAGGGGAAAAUAUGUUUCUGUAAAAAUUGGGCCAAUACGCGUGGCUUCAAGUGAGCAGGUCCAGGCUGUAUAUCGCGCCAUGAGAAGAGAUAACAGGAUGAAAUACUUCUUAUGAACUGCAAUUACUCAUUCCUGUUUAGUUCCUUCCAUCUUGUAACACCCGCGUCCUGUUAUACGUUUUGCUGUACUUGUAAGUAUUGUCUCAAAUGGAAAUAUUGUGUUGGUCUUCCAGUUCAUUGGUUCCAUGCGACACAAAGAUACCCCCUGCAGGCUGGAGCAUCUAUGAACUUUCUGUGAACUGAUGAGAGGAAGGACAUUUUUGUGUUACUUCGGCCCAAAUAGAAAUUGCUCCAUUAUUGAGACAGGCGCUACAAUGUAACAGCAGGGUUUUCAUAACACUAUAGCGAACAUGUUUACAUACUACAUAUGUUUAAAGAUGCUUGUAGUUUGUGAUU